AUGUCUGCUCAGGAAAUUACUCACCCAACAAUUGUCGAUGGCUGGUUCAGAGAAAUCUCUGACACCAUGUGGCCUGGCCAAGCUAUGACAUUGAAAGUGGAAAAAGUUCUACAUCAUGAGAAAUCAAAAUAUCAAGACAUUCUAAUUUUCAAAUCCACUGAUUACGGAAAUGUCUUGGUCCUCGACAAUGUUAUCCAGGCUACCGAACGUGAUGAAUUCUCAUAUCAAGAAAUGAUUGCUCAUCUGGCGUUAAACUCUCAUCCUGAUCCAAAAAAAGUUUUGGUUAUCGGCGGUGGUGACGGUGGCGUAUUAAGAGAGAUCGUCAAGCAUGAAGGCGUAGCUGAAGCCUGGUUAUGUGACAUUGAUGAGGCUGUUAUCAGACUAUCCAAAGAAUUUCUUCCUGACAUGUCUGCCUCUUAUUCUCAUCCUAAAGUUAAAACUUACAUUGGUGAUGGUUUCCAAUUCUUGAGAGAUUUCCAAAAUACUUUUGAUGUUAUUAUUACUGAUUCAUCUGACCCAGAGGGCCCAGCUGAAACUUUGUUCCAAGCGGACUACUUCAAAUUAUUGAAUGGUGCCUUAACUGAGAAAGGUGUGAUUUCCACUCAGGCUGAAAGCAUGUGGAUUCACUUGCCCAUCAUAAAGGAUUUAAAAAAGGCCUGCUCCAGUGUUUUCCCGAUUGCAGAGUACGCUUAUACAACCAUUCCAACCUAUCCAACGGGCCAAAUUGGUUUUAUGGUUUGUUCAAAAGAUAAGGAUGCCAAUGUUAAAGAGCCUCUACGUGCAGUUUCUGAAGAGGAAGAAGCUAAGCGGUACAGAUACUACAAUAAGAGAAUUCAUGCAGCUUCUUUCAUUCUGCCAACUUGGGUCGAUAAGGAAUUGAACGCUUGA